CCCGCGGAUGAGGAGGAGACUUCUGCUAACUACACCUGGGACAAUUUCAAGGACAUCCAGGGAUGCGACUCAGUAAGUUUCGAUUUAGAGAUUGAAAAUGAGCGGAGAUAUUUGUUCUGCUUGAGGACCCCCGAAAAAAUGCUUCUGUUGGAUGGUUGCGAGGAUAAACCAUUUGUCCAGCCGACAAAACGAGGAUGGACUACGGAUCGGAUCGAUCGCACAAGCAUGAUCAUUUUCCCCGGGCUUUUUACACUUUUCAACAUUAUUUACUGGUCUUACUACCUCAGCCUAGAUUAAAA